AUGGCCGCUAAUCAGGCGACUUAUGGUCAAGCUCUGGGCGACGGUGAAUCGCCAGGCAAACCCGUAAAGAAAAAGAAAAUUAAGCGCGAAAUUAAAAUCCUAGAAAAUCUUCGAAAUGGUCCUAAUAUAAUAACACUUCAAGCCGUAGUCAAGGAUAACUUGUCUCGCACUCCAUCGCUCAUAUUUGAGCAUGUCAACAAUACGGAUUUCAAGCAGUUGUACCAGACUUUAACUGAUUUUGAUAUUCGGUUCUACUUGUAUGAGCUGCUAAAAGCUCUUGACUACAGUCACAGCAUGGGCAUUAUGCACCGCGAUGUCAAGCCACAUAACGUCAUGAUCGACCACGAGAAUCGCAAG